AUGUCAGCUUUAAUGAAAUUGAAAACAUUAGAGGGAUAUUUACAAGAUUUAUCAGGUUUUACGAAACCCAAGAUACAAUAUGAACAGUAUGAGACUCCAGCACACAUAGCUGCUGUUGCACUUUACACAAUGCAGACACAAUUUGAAGCAUUAGAAAAUCGGUUAGUAUUGGAUGCUGGAUGUGGCCCUGGGGUAUUGGGUAUAGGUGCUGCAUUUUUGGGAGCAGGAUUUGUCACAGCAGUUGAUAUUGAUGAAGAUGCUUUAGAAAUAAUAACGGAAAAUGCAGAAGACGCUGAAAUAAGUAAUAUAGAUAUAAUAAAAAGUGAUUUCCUCAAUUGUAACACAUUCAGAUGGGAGAACUAUUUUGACACAGUUUUAAUGAAUCCUCCAUUUGGCACAAAAAAUAAUAUGGGUAUUGAUAUGAAAUUUUUACGAAUGGGUCUUAACCUCAGCUGUGAUAGUGUUUACUCGCUACAUAAAUCUUCUACAAGAUUACACAUCCAAAAGAUGAUAAAAGAGUGGGGUGUGAAGGGCAGCGUGAUCGCAGAGCUGCGAUACAAUUUAGCAGCAACAUACAAGUUUCACAAGCAGCAGUCGAAAGACAUCGCCGUGGACUUGUGGAGGCUGACACAUCCUCAUACUUGA